UGCGGCCCGGGAAGUUCUGUCCCGGGGGCCUUGGCCGCUUUUGCAAGGUCUUUCAGAAAGACCCCCGGGUAUCCUCACGCCCAGUUCUCGUUGGAGAGCGUCUCCCACGUCUCAGGGAGCUCAAAACUGAGAAGAAGCUCAAGGCUGAUUUCUUCAUCAUUUUCCUGCCAAGUAGGGGCUGCAUUAGCCAUCAUUUCCUGCAGUUCCUGCAAUUAAAUGUUCAGUCUUCAGGCUUACUGCAUCACUGACUGUAUUGGGAUAUUGAAAAUGUAGGAAUACUCAAAUAUCAGAAGGCUGAUCAGAGCUUUCAUUGUUGAGGUUCCUCAGUGCUGAACUAACAAGAGGGUACUUCCUUGAACAUAAUGAGGCCAAGUAUACAGAAAGAAGAGAAAGAGUAUACACUUGUAUGCGAAUACCAAGAGAAUUGGAAAAGCUCAUGGUUUUUGGAAUCUUUCUGUGCCUGGAUGCAUUUCUGUAUGUGUUCACCCUGCUUCCUUUAAGAGUUUUCCUGGCACUAUUCAGGCUCUUCACUCUGCCUUGCUAUGGCUUAAGGGACAGACGUUUGCUUCAGCCUGCUCAGGUGUGUGACAUCCUGAAGGGUGUCAUUUUGGUAAUCUGCUAUUUCAUGAUGCACUACGUUGACUACUCCAUGAUGUAUCACCUGAUAAGGGGGCAGUCAGUCAUCAAGCUGUACAUCAUCUACAAUAUGCUCGAGGUAGCAGAUCGUCUGUUUUCAUCAUUUGGACAAGAUAUAUUAGAUGCUCUCUACUGGACAGCAACAGAACCUAAAGAAAGAAAAAGAGCCCAUAUCGGAGUGAUUCCUCACUUUUUCAUGGCCGUUCUCUAUGUCUUUUUGCAUGCAAUUCUCAUCAUGGUUCAAGCAACCACUCUCAAUGUGGCUUUUAACUCACACAACAAGUCACUGCUCACCAUCAUGAUGUCUAAUAAUUUUGUUGAAAUUAAAGGAAGUGUUUUCAAGAAGUUUGAAAAGAACAAUCUUUUUCAAAUGUCUAAUAGCGAUAUUAAGGAACGAUUCACGAAUUAUGUGCUUUUGCUAAUUGUGUGUCUAAGAAACAUGGAGCAGUUUUCUUGGAAUCCAGAUCACCUCUGGGUGUUGUUUCCAGAUGUCUGUAUGGUGAUUGCAUCAGAAACUGCUGUGGAUAUUGUAAAACAUGCCUUUAUCACCAAGUUCAAUGACAUUACUGCAGAUGUCUACAGUGAAUAUAGAGCCAGCCUUGCUUUUGACCUUGUUAGCAGCCGACAGAAAAAUGCGUAUACUGAUUACAGUGACUCUGUGGCACGGAGGAUGGGGUUCAUUCCUCUCCCGCUAGCUGUUUUACUCAUCAGAGUCGUCACAAGCUCCAUUAAAGUGCAAGGAAUCCUGUCGUAUGCCUGCGUCAUACUCUUCUAUUUUGGGUUGAUCUCCCUGAAAGUCCUUAAUAGCAUCGUGCUGUUGGGGAAGUCAUGUCAGUAUGUGAAGGAGGCCAAAAUGGAAGAAAAGUUGUUCAAUCCUCCUCCGGCCAGCACAUCAGGCAAACCACCCCAUAAGUCACAGAACAAAUGUAAACCCUCUCAAGAAGAAAACUUGUCUGCUUCGGUCACCAGCCAGCCUGUUCAUCCGAAAGAAAACGUCAUACCCUUACUUGUCACAAGCAGUUCUGAUCAGUUUCUGACGACUCCAGAUGGUGAUGAGAAGGACAUAACACAGGAAAGCUCUGAAUUAAAGCACAGAUCCUCAAAGAAAGAUUUGCUGGAGGUAGACAGGUUCACAAUCUGUGGAAACCGAAUCGACUGAGCUCUGCGGCCAAGUCCUGGGGCGGGAGACGCUCUGCUACUGGGAUGGACAGAUGCGAAAACUGGCACUUAAAUAUUUAUUUAAAAACUUAAAUUAUUAAUGGAAAGCGAAUCUUAAUAUCUUUCUUCCGGUGACGUGGUCUGGCUGAAGGUCAGGUCACAGAACAGCAGCGACCUCCAGCCUGGACUCUGGAACCUGACGGGUGAGGAGGAGCCCCCGGCUUGGCAGAGGGCAGUCACUUCCAGGCCUCACGGGGGCCACCUCCCAAUCACUUUGCCGUAUCCGUCCGCGCUUCCAGAACCUCGAAUUCUCCCUCGAGGCCUCUUCCAUACAAGGAUACACCUGGAAAACUGUGAAGCUUCUGCCAUGACAUUACCUUUCCAGCUCAUACUGUUUUCACAAACAGGUUUCAGACUUGACUUCAUCUGCCAAAGCAUUAAAAAAAAAAAAAAAAAAGAUUAAAACUUAAGUCAAGAUAAAUGUUCUUACCACCAGAAUAAUCCUUGAAGAUGUAUCUGAAUUAAUCAGAAUAAAAGGCUACCUAAAAUAAUUCAUGGUGAAUAGUAGCAUUUUAUAGGAAGAAACCCUAAGCCAGUUUGUUUAUUUACAAAAUAUUCAUUAAUGAAAGUUACGCAUCACAGAGAAAACGUUUCAUGAUUUUUCAGUUUCCUCUUUAAAGCAAAAUGUGAGCUGUGCGUUGUUCAGUUGCAAUGGAGAGAAUAGAAAUACCCUUACGAAAAGGCACUUUUUAUACUGAAAAAGCAGAGCAGUGUUAACUUUCAUGUGUAGUUAACCGGUUUCUCUUUAAAACUAAUUGCUUCACAAAUUGUUACAGUUAAAAGGAUCGGAUGUCGAGUGGGCUGCAGGAUUGUCCUUGUAUAAAACCCGAAGGUUUUUAAGGUGUCCACUUGAACUGAGUUUUUAAAGUGACAGUUUUAAAGUAAAUAUUCUAAGCGGUUUGGGCAGCAUCUUGCUUGGGCUUAAAAAACGCGUCAGUCUUUCUGACUGGAGUGUCCGUGGGUGUGCCCGAGCUGGGGGUGCCCAUGGGCUCGGGGCCUGUGGGCCACUGUUUGUGUGGGGAGACCUUUGUGUCUGGACGCUGGGAACAGCAGCCAAAGGUGCUUCUUGGUUUUGUUUGAGAUCAAGAUUCCAUUUCUGUUUAACUACUAGUUUGUGGCCUACAGCAGAGGACAAGUUAUUCCCCACCAGUUUCAUCUCGAGGAACCUUUCUGCAUUUUUAUAAAAAUUUUACAGCGUCUCAUUUCAAAAUGUCCAGAUGUUCUACUGUUCACUAUCAUUUCCUUUGAUGUUUUCAUUUUGAAGUUCAGCUGUUGUGCUGAUAUUUCAGGCAUGUGACCUGCAGAAAGUAAUUUUAGGGGAUUUCUCUAUUUCCUGGGUGAAAUAUAAAGCAAGCUUUAACGUUUGGCUUCUUCAUGAGAAAUAUGGAAGUGGAUUUUAAUGUUUUGCAUCAGCUAAGGAAAUCUGAAGGUUAAUGUUCACAUAGGGUAGAAAAGAAAGUCCUCCUGAAAUACUUCGGUGAAACCAGGAAGUAUUUUAAGUUAAAAAUGAAAAGACUUUUGUAUAUGUUUCAAUGAAGCUCCAUUUUAGAAUUAUACUUUUUUUCUAUCCCCUCUUCACCACCAAAAGGAACAGUGUCCAAGUGAAUGGAAUAGUUUGGGGGGGAACUUUGCCAAAUGUAGCCCUGAUCCAUGCAAGAAUAUGAUUUGGGUAUAUCCUUCCACUCAGCUUGAAUUAGCCUGUUAUUAUUGUGCUGUCAUUUUGGGAAGAUUUCAUUUCCUUUGCAGGAUAUAUUGGGAGUUGGGAAUGAUGUUCAUUUCUUCUGCUAAAAUGGCAUUCAAUACUAAUUUUAUAAGUGCAUCUUGUGUGAAACUCAAUAAAUUCAAUUUUGUAAUCUUUUUUAAAAA